AUGACCUUGUCCAUCUUCGACAAAUGUAUUUUCUACAUUCCCCCGGGCCAGCGAUACGUAGGUGAUGUCAACGAAGAAUCACAUGUGAACACUCUCAUACAAACUCACAGAGGUUUCUUAAUCCAACAUGAUCAUCCCAAAGUGACCCACAUUUUGGUGAUAAGACGUAACUGGACAGUGGCGGACCUGGAGAUAGUAGUAAGGAGUGAAAUGAUUAGAGGGAGGAGAGUUUUAGAUCUUGAUUGGAUUGUGGAUUGUAUUGCUGCUGGUGUGCUUCUUGGUGAGGAGAAAGAUUGGGGUGGACAUUUGAUACGACCGGGUAACGUCAGCAAGCCCGCUAAUCUACAUCACGGGAUAAAGACAUCUUCUCUUUCUUCCGACUCGAACCCGUCUCUACUAAUCUGUACUCCUCAACUUCCCUUCACUUGCGGAGUGGCUUCUUUCAGCACUGGAGUGAAACCUAGGUUACCAUACAGACCUAAGAAACUCAUGUCCACCGACGGAUCGACCUUUCUACCUCCCCUCCAUUCAUUACUUCUUCAAACGACCACAUCGACGUUGGAUCGUGAAUCUCAAACACGGUGUCCACCAGAUCCGUCUAUCAAAGAACUUAUCGACUCGACGCCCGACACACCCGCCUCACCCCAGUCUACCUCCACACCAUCUUCGGCUGAACAGGUAUCGUCGCAGGAAAACAAGCGCUUGUUCGUAGAUGAAUUUGGCGAUCCUCGCAAGUUUUCAGUACACGGCACGACGUUCGAACGACGUACGUUGACCGCCCUCGUCCAACGGGGAGGAGGGGAUUUGGUCGACGAGGAACAAGCAGAUUACGCUGUGUUCCCGAUCUCUCCCCGUGAGGUGACCCAGUCGAGGGAUACUCCACAAUCCGGGGAUAUGGUCCGGGGUAGUAGGACGAAGGCUGUAUCGCACGAAUGGCUCGAGGUGUGUUUGGAGAAGGGAAAGUUAGUGAGGCCGACGGAUUUCUUACUUCCUUUUGAUCGACUCAGUCUUGGUGGGUCACGUCAGGUAUCGGUGCCGACUGGAAAUGAGCAAAUCUUGAAUAGUCAACAACAUGAAGAAUGCCAGCAAACAUCAGUCAUUGUGUCGUGUGAUAGCGGGGGUCAUCUCACACCACCGGCUACACCCGUAAAAUCAGUGGCAACAGCACUACAUUCUCAUCCUCUCAUACCAGGCAUCAGAAUAACGCCGACGCUCUCCACUUUAUUAACGAACCUCGACAGUGUCAAAAUGACCAAUGUGACAGAAUGCGCAUCGGUUUCAUCCAUCCUUUCGACAACCGAAACAUCAGCUGCAUCCGAUAACGUGACACCUUCAUCAUCUACCAGUGAAACUCGUAGGGAGGAUGUCGGUAUCUUUGUCACUUCUUCUUCGUUGACCCACCGAGCUGAGCAUGAACAUACAUCCCAUCAUCCCGCCGAGAGCAGUUCCUCCUUCACUCCCCUUGAUCCUUCGAAAAGUUCGGAGAAAAGACCAUCUCGUGUCGAUUCACCCACCAAGAAAUUCCGACCAAACGCUCCUAAAUAUCCCUCACUACCGACUAUCUCCAAACGGCGUUUCGUCGAUCUUGAAGUCCUGACAUCGUCUGGAGAUCUCAAUCAAGAUGCUUCCCAGGUGACUCCUCCUACUUGUCCUCAAGCUAUGCGAUCUGUGUCGACUGAACAGGAUAUGAGUGAGGAAUCAACUCAAUCAACAACCCCACCUGUUGUUUCUUCGGAGCCUUUCACUCCUAUCGUACUUCCACCCGUUUCCCUGUCCCUAUCUCGUGACCGUCCCAUGUAUUCUGAUGUUCUUAUGGGUCAAGCUCAAAGUCAAGCCCAAAGUCAUGUGCGCACAGGUUUGGUCGUAGCAGAAGGCCAAUCGGUCCUGGGUCUCGAGCAGGGCCGACCACAGAUUAGUUUCAAGUUACGAGACGAUCCAGUUGACAGUUCAAAUCGUUGGCAGAGCAAGAGGCAAAACGAUAUCGGGUUGAAGGAUGAUAAAGAAGAAGGGUUCCGUCCAGAGAGACAGAAUUUCAUUAUCCCUUCUCAGCCGAGGAUCAAAGAAGGGGACAUAGCUAUUGGAAUCGGUCUCGGUCUCCUCCCUCGUCCAAAGAGCGAGUGA